AUGAUAAAUUGGUCGCUGCAACAAUGUAUCCUAAUGCACAGGGUGCGGCUUCGGAUUUCUUCGCACAUACGCACUAUAAAUAUGUUUGGUUCAAAGCUUCACGAAGAACUACAAGAAUACGAGCUUGUCCUUGCAUCAACAUCUCCAAGGCGAAUUGAAAUCCUUGAGACCAUUUUGAAGUUGACAAAUGUUAAGAUUGUUCCGUCUUUUUUCGAGGAGAAUAUCAGCAAGCAUGGUCUUCAUUACAUUGAAUACGUACAGCAAACGUCUCUAGGAAAGGCAAGGGCAGUUGAAAGGCAGCUAGAAACAUCCAGCUCACAUAACUCACUCAUUAUAUCGGCAGACACCAUAGUUGUAUGCAACGGAACGAUUUAUGAAAAACCAGGAACGAAGGAAAGACAACGACAAAUGUUUGAAGAAUAUCGCAAAUAUCCAAUGUUGGAGGUAGUGACUGCCGUUAAUGUGGUCAAUUGUGCCUCCGGAACGUUGCAUUCACACACAGAAACCACAAAAUUAUACUUUGAUAUUGAGUGCCCAUCUCAUCUCAUCGACGCUUACGUAGAAUGUGGGGAAGGGCUCCAAGUGGCUGGCGGAUUUCAGUAUCAAAGUAUAGGAAAUUUGUUGUUUCUGAAGAUGGAAGGAGAUUACUUUAACAUAGUGGGAUUGCCUGCUAAAGGGUGUUUUACGUUGCUAGAGAAAUCUAUAUAG